AUGGCAAAUAAGAGGAGAGAUUUGUGGAGGGUGUGGGUUGGAACUGAGGAGACUUGGGCAGCUGCUGCUGCUCCUGCUGUUGCUGCUGCUGCUGUUGCUGCUGUUGCUGCUGUUGCUGCUGUUGAUGUUGCUGCUGCUGCUGGUGCUGCUGCUGUUGCGGUUGCUGCUGUUGCUGCUGCUGCUGCUGCUGCUGCUGCUGCUGCUGCUGCUGCUGCUGCUGCUGCUGCUGCUGCUGCUGCUGCUGCUGCUGCUGCUGCUGCUGCUGCUGCUGCUGCUGCUGCUGCUGCUGCUGCUGCUGCUGCUGCUGCUGCUGCUGCUGCUGCUGCUGCUGCUGCUGUUGUUGUUGUUGUUGCUGUUGCCGCAGCUGCUGCCGCUGCUGCUGCUGCUGCUGCUGCUGCUGCUGCUGCUGCUGCUGUUGCUGUUUCUGGUGUUGUUGCUGUUGCUGCAGCUGCGUCUCCUGCUGCUGCUGUUGCUGUUGCUGCGGCUGCACCUGCUGCUGCUGCUGCUGCUGCUGCUGCUGUUGCUGCGGCUGCGUCUGCUGCUGCUGGUGCUUCACAUGCCAACCACCUCUCCACAUCCACUGCUCCUAAAGAACGCCUCUCCCUCCUCCUCCGCCUGCUCUCCUCCUCCCUGUCACCCUCUCUCUUCCCUUCUCUCUCCUCACCCCUUCUCCCCUUGUCAUCCCUCCUCUACCUUACUGCCCUUCCCCCACCCACCCUCGCCCCCACUGCUCCAGUCAUUACUCUUCCCUCCGUUCUACCUGCCACUUUUUCUCCACCCACCCUUGCUCCUCCCCCUUUUGCUCCUUCCCGAUUUGCUCCUUCCCCUUUUGCUCCUCCCCCUCCCGUUCCUCCCAACCUCCGGCUCUGUUGCAUGCCUGCUGAGAAAGAGUGGGAGCGAGAAUGGCCUUUCUGGCCCACCAAAGGGGGGAGGCGGCUGGCAGAGGGAGGAGACGGAGAGGAGACGAGGAGCGGUGGGGAGGGGUGGGGAGGGUGUGAACGAGAAACAGAGACUCUGGAUGCGGAGGGCUGGGGGGAGACGGAGCGAUGCCUUGGCACAGGGGGCACUGGGGGUACUUUGGGCACUGGGGCCGCGUCAAGAGAUGAGGACUGCGGGGAGACGGAGCGUCGAGAUGGCACGGCUUGCUUGGAGCAGCAGGGCUUGGCUGGUUGGGAGGCACAAGGGGUGGCGGGUAGGGAGCGAGAAGGGGUGGCAAGUUGGGAGCGACAAGGAGUGGCAGGAGUGGCAGGAGUGGCAGGCGCAGGAGCGGAGGAUUGUGGUGGUGAUGCUCUCUUUCUUCCUGCUGUCGCUGCCAUGCGUUUUGGGAUCCCUUCUUUGUCCUUUGGAGUCACUGGCCUGCCUUUAGGUGUCACUGGCUUGCCUUUUGGUGUCACUGCUUUGUCUCUAGGCGUACCCCUGCUCCUUGGUGCACCCUCGACCCGUACAGCAGCGGUGGAGUGCGGUGAACGUGAAGACCCAGCUUUUGGAGUCGACUUUGGAGUGGUGGAGUGCGGUGACCUCACAGACCGAACCUUGUCAGUCGAGUCAGCAGCAGCAGCAGCAGCAGCAGCAGCAGCAGCAGCAGUGGCGGCAGCAGUGGAGCUUUCUGGUGCCUUCACGGCCCUCUCUCUCUCCCUCUCUCCCUUCUGCUCCCCACCAACGAACUCCCUCUCCUCCACCUCUCUCCUCUGCUUCCCCAUGGCCUGCUGUCUCCCUGUUCCCAACCCCCUUGGCUCUGUCGCUUUUGUGACUGCUGCUGUUCCAUCACCAAUUGAACCUGUCGUGCUGAUGCUUCCUGCCCCUUCGCGUCCUCCCCGCCCUGCUCCUGCCACCCUCCCUCCCCCAUUCUCCCCCCCUCUGCCUCCGCCUUCCUCUGCACGGCUGGAGGAGGAGGAGGUGGUGAGGGAUCGAGGGAAGAAGGUGGGUUUUCCAAACGCCUCUAGAUUCUUCCCGAGGGCUAUUUUGAGUGGGCGGGAGGAAUUGGCAGCUUGUGCUCUGCGGCGCACCGAAAUCGGGCGGGAGAAAUUGGAGGUUUCUGUUUUGAGGCGCCCGAGAACGGGGCGGGAGGAGGAGGAGGAGGUGAGGGAGCGAGCAAAGUCAACGAGGCUUUUCGACCGCAGGUUACGAAGAAAGGGCGGCACACUACCCAACACACUUGACCGCCCACCGCCUUGCUCCUUGGCCCUUCUUACAUCCUCUGCUCCCCUCAUCUUCCUCUCCUCCUCUCUCUCCUCCCUCUCCUCUCCCUCCUCCCUCUCCACCCGUUCUUCCCUCUCCUCCCUCUCCUCUCUCUGCUCUCUCUCCACGCCCAUCUUCGUCCCUCCUCUAUCCUCCUCCCCAUCAUCUCUCUGCAUCGUCCCAUUCCUCCCUUCCGAGACCCUCCCGGACAAACCUCGCCGUCCAUCUGGCUUCAAACUCUGUCGGUUACCCACACUCCCCUCCUCGCCGCUCAUACUCUCAUCAUCAUUCCCCUCGCUACGAUCAUUCUCAUUACAAUCACUCUCACUAUAG